CGGUGGUCAUCUUGCAUCACUAACUUAGUGUAUCGAGCUAGGUUGCGGCUUUGUCCUGCAAGCCAUCUGCUUCGGUCCCUUUUUCUCAACAAACUUGCAAACAGCCUUCUAGACAGAUUUGGGCAGCAUGACAUUAUGUCUGACCUUGAUGAGGCCAUCGAGCUGUAUCGGGCCGCAUUACUCCUCCAUCCCCCUGGUCAUUCAGAUCAAUCAUCAUCUCUGAACAAUCUUGCAAACAGCCUUCGAGACAGAUUCAUACAGUGUGGGAUCAUGUCUGACCUUGAUGAGGCUAUCGAGCUGUAUCGGGAUGCAUUACUCCUCUGUCCCCCUGGUCAUUCAGAUCAAUUCAUGUCUCUGAGCAAUCUUGCUGUCAGCCUUGGAGACAGAUUCCAGCAGUGUGGGAUCACGGCUGACUUUGAUGAGGCCAUCAAGCUGUAUCGGGAUGCAUUACUCCUCUGUCCCCCUGUUACGAACUAG